GUCCCCGCGCUGUCCCCGCCUCCGAGUGGCCUUGGCCGGGCCGGACCAUGGCUUGGGGCGAGCUGGGGCUGCUCCGCUGGCUGCGGGAGAGCCGCCAGUCCCGCAAACUCAUCCUGCUCAUCGUCUUCAUCGCGCUGCUGCUGGACAACAUGCUGCUCACCGUGGUCGUGCCAAUAAUUCCCAGUUACCUUUACAGCAUCGAACACGAGAAAAAUGCCACAGAAAUCCAGACUACCAAGCCUAACCUACCCUCAGCAACCAUGGACAAUUUUCAGAGCAUCUUCUCCUACUACGACAAUUCCACCAUGGUCACUGGAAAUGAGUCUGACAAGACACAGCCUGGAGGGCUGCAUCAGACCCAGACUGAGCAAAUGGUUGUCACUGUGACUCCUUCCCCCUCUGACUGCCCCAAGGAUGACAAGGAGCUGCUGAACGAGAAUGUCCGAGUGGGUCUCUUGUUUGCUUCCAAGGCAACAGUGCAGCUGAUGACCAACCCCUUCAUAGGGCCCCUGACAAACAGAAUAGGCUACCAGAUUCCACUGUUUGCUGGCUUCUGCAUCAUGUUUGUUUCAACAAUCAUGUUUGCCUUCUCUGGAAGCUAUGCACUACUAUUUAUUGCCAGAUCCCUUCAAGGAGUGGGUUCCUCAUGUUCUUCUGUGGCAGGGAUGGGUCUGCUUGCCACUGUUUAUACGGAUGAUGAAGAGAGAGGCAACGCAAUGGGAAUUGCACUUGGAGGCCUGGCUAUGGGAGUGUUAGUGGGCCCCCCUUUUGGGAGUGUCAUGUACGAGUUUGUGGGGAAGAGCUCUCCUUUCCUGGUGCUGGCAGCCCUGGCUCUGUUUGAUGGAGCUGUUCAGUUACUUGUUCUGCAGCCCUCCAGAACACAGGCAGAAAGUCAGAAGGGGACACCUUUACUGACACUUUUGAAAGACCCGUACAUCAUUAUCGCAGCAGGAUCAAUCUGUUUUGCAAACAUGGCUAUUGCUAUGCUUGAACCAGCUUUACCCAUCUGGAUGAUGGAGACCAUGUGCUCAAAAAAAUGGCAGCUGGGUGUCGCUUUUCUCCCAGCUAGCAUUUCUUAUCUCAUUGGGACGAAUCUUUUUGGGAUACUUGCACACAAAAUUGGAAGGUGGCUUUGUGCUUUGCUCGGGAUGCUAAUCGUGGGAAUAAGUAUUUUAUGUGUGCCCUUUGCUAAAAACAUCUAUGGGCUCAUAGCACCAACGUUUGGAGUUGGAUUUGCCAUAGGGAUGGUGGACUCCUCCAUGAUGCCAAUCAUGGGCUACCUGGUGGAUCUGCGCCACGUCUCAGUCUAUGGCAGUGUGUAUGCAAUAGCUGACGUUGCCUUCUGCAUGGGCUUUGCCAUAGGUCCCUCUGCUGGUGGUGCCAUUGCCAAGGCCAUUGGAUUCCCAUGGCUCAUGACAAUUAUAGGAAUCGUGGAUAUCAUCUUUGCUCCCCUGUGCUUUUUCCUUCGAAGUCCACCUGCCAAAGAGGAGAAAAUGGCAAUACUCAUGGAUCACAACUGCCCUGUGAAAACAAAAAUGUACACCCAGAACAACAUCCAAUCCUACCCCAUAGGUGAAGAAGAGGAGGAAUAUGAAAGUGAUGAAUAACAGAAAAGCCAUAUAACAUACUUAGGUGUACAAAAUGCUGUGGUUCAUGUGGAACAUCUCAUCCAGAAAUAGGUUUUAGUUGUACUGUAUUUAAUAGUGAAAUGGUCAGAAAAACCAAAGGUAUAUUAUUUAUUGCCCAUGACUAUAAAGCAGACUGCAAACUGCCUUACAGGG